CCCUGUAAUGCUGUGCACGGGCUUGUCCCACCAAAUAUUGCUCUCAACUCUUUACGUUCUCAUUUCUAUCCUGUUCCCUAACAUAUUAUUUAACGCUUUGGCAGCGUUAUGAUGCGCUCGUUCAUUACACUCUCCUUUAUUUCUUCUCUGUGUUCGCUUUCGGUCAUUGCUCUCCGAAUCCCUUUCGAUGUCCGUGUUGAAACACCUACUAGCAACCCGAAUGUCCAUUUCCCUCGUCAGUCGUCUUCCAAUGGCAUAGUGCCCGUCGGAAACACGCAAAACUCUUUCUACUACACCAAUAUCACGCUCGGUGGUCAGAAUAUAUCUGUGAUGUUAGACACCGGAAGCUCUGAUCUAUGGGUGAAUGGCUCAGUAUCCGGAGCCAAAGACACCGGCAACUCUCUGACACUUUCAUACGCCGUUGGAACAGCUGCUGGCAACAUAUAUACCGCACCCUUUGAACUUGCUGGGCAGUCUGUCAGCGACCAGGCAUUCCUACUUGUCACAAACACUUCAUCGUUCUCUGCAAAUAUUCAUGCUGAAGGGUACGAUGGUCUCAUUGGCCUUGGCCCAAAUUCUGGUUCUUCGAUAUACAAGAAACUCGGCGCCAGCUCGGGGAACAACCCACUCAACAGAAUUUUCCAACAGACCUCGUCCUCCAGCAACUACAUGACUAUGAUGCUCAAUCGCAACGGAGACCCAGGGAGUAAUAUCACUGGUCAAUUUACCAUCGGAGAAGUCGUUCCAGGAUUCGAGAACAUCACGAGCAUGACAAAGUUAUCGAUAGAGAAGGUUUAUCAAGUCACUGACGAGGAUCAGCAUUGGCAAAUUCUAACAGACAAGAACAAUGGCAUCAUUGGACCUGAUGGACAGGUGAUACAAUAUUCAUCAAUCGUCCCUAAAGCUCCUAGCGGUCAAAUAGUGGGAGUUUUAGACUCUGGUUUCACCUUGCCUCAAGUGCCUCGAUCGGUGUCGGACGCCAUUUAUGGGCGUGUACAAGGGGCCGAAUGGUCGACAUCAAGCCAGGCUUGGCUGGUCCCUUGCGGGCAGCUCAUUAAUGUUACCUUCAAUUUUGGGGGUGUUGCAUAUCCUAUUCACCCACUCGACGUGUCGUCGAGCGACUUUGGAGUGACCUUCUCGAACGGGAACACCGCUUGCUUGGGAAUGUUUCAACCAGUCACAUCUGCAUUCAGUCUUCUCGGAGAGUAUGAUAUGAUCUUGGGAAUGGCUUUCUUGCGAAACACUUAUACCCUGAUAAACUAUGGAAAUUUUGUCAAUGGCGGCUCAAAUUCCGAUAAUCCCUACGUCCAAUUGUUCCCCCUCACGAACGUCGAAUCUGCUGUCAAUGACUUUAUCCAGGUCCGACUAAACGGGCAAAACCUAAUCAACUCCUCCCAAUACGCCCUGCUUCCUGCAUCGCAGGAACAGCACUCGCCCGAGAGCGCCACGGAAAAAAAGCAACAGUACGAAGAACUGGUUCUAAGUCGUUGGCCUUAUAUCCUUGCCGGAUGCCUGGUGUUUGUGAUUUUGCUAGUCAGCUAUUGCGUAUGGCGUUGUUGCUGUCGACGCAAGCGGCUGGCAAAGAAAGCUGCCAAGAAUGCUGCGCAGCAGAAGGGUGGGACCGCUCCUGGGAGCGAUUUCAAGAACGGUUCCUAUGCGCAGUUGCAGGACUCCCAGAGUACGGCGAGUCUCGUUAUGCAACCGAUGCAUCGGGCGUCGACUGUAGAUUUUGAGGAGGAAUACGGAAAGGAUGCAUUCGCAAGAAGCCGGUGAUCUCUGCGAGGCGAACUAUAUAUGUAGUCUAUUAGAUGCUGUCCAACUUAUCCCACCGCAGGACAUUAAUAGUAGCUGGCUACUUCCGUUCAUUGUGUUUAU